AUUUGACACUUGUGUUUGUAGGUAAUUGGGGAAGACGUUGAGGACACACAAUUGUGGCAUGAAUAUCGUGGAAUGAAACCAGACAAAAGAUACAACAAGGACAUUAAGGACAGGUUUAGAAAAGUGAGCAUGAAUAAUGAACAUAUGCACAAGGGUUUUGGCUCUUCCGGAUGGGGAUCAGCUGGAAGAGGAAGGGCAAAAUCCGAGUACAAUGGAUCUUUUGUCAUGGAGAACCGUCAAAAAUCAGCAUCUCAAGCUCACGUUGCGUACAAAUGUUGUGGUACUGGAUGGAGUAGUUAUGGAAGGGCAAAGCCUAUCAGCUCAGAUUGUAAUUCGAAAGCUCAAAAUACCACAGCUAUAAGAUCAAGCAGCGAAAAGGGAAACUUCCCUAGUGAUCAAGGUAGCUCUCUUCGAACAUCUGGUUCUUGUGAGAAGUGGAAGAAAGUAACAACACCUUGGGGGACUUCCUUAACCCAACCAAACAGAAUUGGUCGGGAGAGGAAUGGAAAUUUCUGGCCGUCUGGAAGCAAUGCGUCAGGCCAGAAUACUCCACGGGCUGGCGUUAGUUACAAUUGGCGCCAGAGUACUCAGUUUGAUACUAGUUGCAAUGAGUCCGGCCAGAGUACUUCUCAGUCUAAUGUUUAGUUACAAAUGGGGCCAUAGUACAUUGAAAACCAGUGAUAACCGCUCAAUGCAAGGCAAGAUGAAAGGCCAAAGUUUUCAUCAUGGUUAACACAAUAUCUAUCGUAGUUUAAUCGAAAGUUUGCACAGUUGUGAGAUAGUCAAUAUUUUUGGAACCAAAUAUGUGCCAUGGAGAAGAGUACUUUGUUUUUCUUUUGCAGUGUCUAAAAUGAUCUAAAAGUGGAUAAAUGUGGCUGAUUAAGGCGUUUUUCAAACAUCAUAUGUUCUCUGUUCAUGGUGUGAAAUGAUAGAAAAUUCUCAAACAUCUUGUAGUCAUGUAUACCGUUCAUUUCACCUUCACCACAAAGUCUUGAAAGCAUUCUAUGAUUUUCGUUCAGUUCUGCUCAUUUGGGCCCCUCAUCAUUUGUU